AUUUGUAGGGCUCUGUAAAUAUAAGCAUGUAUCUACUGAUAGUUUUUAAAUUUAUUACUCUGUGUCCCAUCCAUCUCCCCAGUUGUUUGAGCCAGACUCAUAAGGUCUUUUCUCAAAUGGCAGACUCGAAACAAGCACCGAGCAAACCAACCUUCACAAAGGUUAUGCAGCUCCGCCCAAUGACCUCUGGUGUCACUCUCACUGUAAAGGUUGUUAAUACUAAGAUAGUAUGCCCGAAGGGACGUGCUGGUGGGCCUCGAGGCCAAAUGCGAAUUGCUGAUUGCUUGGUUGGCGAUGAAACGGCAAUGAUAAUCUUCACGGCUAGAAACGAUCAAGUGGACUUGAUGAAAGAGGGUUCGACUGUAACCCUGAGAAAUGCCAAAAUUGACAUGUUUAAAGGAUCAAUGAGGCUUGCUGUGGACAAAAGUGGCCGUAUUGAAGUUGCUGAGCCUGCCAAUUUUACCGUGAUGGAAAAUAACAACCUCUCACUCAUUGAAUUUGACCGUGUCGAUGUCGUUAUAUGAGGCAUCAAAUCUCCAAAAUGUUCUCGAAAGUGCCCUCUUAGGAAGAAGAAAUCUUGAAGCUAGUACCACCCAAGUCGUUUCCUUACCUUUGCAGCAAAUAGUUUAUGACCUUCGGUCGUUGUUCUGCCGAAAUAGAUGUUGAUGGCUGUAAGUUGUUGAAGAUAAGAAGCUGGCUUUUGGAUUUUGUUUUGUCUUUUUUACAAUCUAUUUUAAAUAUUUGGGAAUUACGAAAUGUCUUUAAACAUUUUGCUGUGUUAUUCACUUCAAAUUUCUUAAGCUGUUUAGUGUAUGUUGAACUCCUUGCACUGUUUGCAAUUUUAGGAGUUAACUUCUACCCCAAACCCUAGUGGUGCUUUUUCUGUAGUUAAGCAGAGAUGAAGUAUAGAUGUCAAUUGGUGGCUCAAUCCAUGUAUUUGACAU